CAGUCGACCUUGGUCAAUCUCUCUCUUUCCGUCAUCGCUUACAUAAGGUCAUAUUGCAUUGCGGAGAAGCUCUUCCCUCACUUCGCGCAGCCUUGCCUGUCUCAACUCCGCCGUUCGCUUCAAUUUCCCUGUCGCCCUGCCCGUCCCUAUCUUAUACAAUCUUUCCAACUUUUCUGUCUAGCAUGACAACAUUCUCCAACUAUCUCGCCUAAAUAUGGAGUCCAAUGCAAAUGGUCGUCUUGCACCGCGAGACGCUUAUCUCAAGCAUUCUCUGGGGACGUUGUCUGCGCGCAUUCGCAAAUCUCGUGUCUUACUUGUCGGCGCUGGCGGAAUCGGUUGCGAGCUCCUCAAGAAUCUACUACUUACCGGUUUCGGUGAAAUUCACAUCGUUGAUCUCGAUACCAUCGAUCUAAGUAAUCUCAAUCGCCAAUUUCUCUUCCGUCACGAACACAUCAAGAAGUCGAAGGCACUAGUCGCAAAGGAAGUCGCCCAUAAAUUCCGACCCGAUUCGAAACUGGAAGCAUACCAUGCCAAUAUCAAGGACUCCCAGUUUAAUACCGAUUGGUUUUCCACCUUCGAUGUCGUCUUCAAUGCCCUUGAUAAUUUGGAUGCUCGUCGCCAUGUGAACCGGAUGUGUCUUGCCGCAAAUGUACCUUUGGUAGAAAGUGGAACAACGGGGUUCAAUGGACAAGUUCAGGUCAUCAAGAAGUCUCGUACCGAAUGCUACGACUGCAACCCGAAAGAGGUGCCAAAGUCAUUCCCUGUCUGCACCAUACGAAGCACCCCAAGUCAGCCUAUACACUGCAUUGUGUGGGCGAAGAGCUAUCUUCUUCCCGAGCUUUUUGGCACUAGUGAAACGGAUGGCGACGAAGACGGAUUUGACCAUAGUGAGGAUGCAGAGAAUGCGGAAGAGAUCGAGAAUCUACGCCGCGAAGCAAAGGCCCUCAAGGCAAUCCGAGAAUCUAUGGGAUCUGAGGGAUUUGCGCAGAAAGUCUUUGACAAAGUAUUUAAUGAUGAUAUCGAGCGACUUCGUGCCAUGGAGGAUAUGUGGAAGACACGAAAGCCACCAACUGCGCUCAGCUAUGAUUCCCUGCAGGAAAAGGCUAGUUCGGUCGAGGCUACUGUUUCCAAAAACGACCAGAAAGUUUGGAACUUAGAAGAAGAUUUUGUAGUUUUCAAGGAUAGCCUUGAUCGACUGAGCAAAAGACUAAAGGAGCUCCAAGCUAACAAAUCUGGCAACAUCGAACCGAUAAUCACGUUUGACAAAGACGACGUCGAUACUCUAGACUUUAUCGCUGCUAGCGCAAACUUGCGAUCUGUCAUUUUUAACAUUGAGUCAAAGUCUAAGUUUGAUAUCAAGCAAAUGGCCGGAAACAUUAUCCCAGCAAUUGCUACCACCAAUGCUAUGACUGCCGGAUUAUGUGUCUUGCAAGCAUUUAAAGUCUUGAAGGAUGAUUAUGAUCAUGCCAAGAUGGUCUUUCUUGAGCGCUCCGGUGUUCGAGCUAUCAAUUCCGACAGUUUACGACCACCUAACCCCUUCUGCGCUGUUUGUUCCGUGGCAAAUGGAAAGAUCUCAGUGGAUCUGGAACAUGCAACAUUGAAUGACUUGGUUGAAGACAUUAUCCGCAACAAAUUCGGUUAUUCUGAGGAGUUUUCGAUAAAUACAGAUGCUGGCAUGAUUUAUGAUCCAGACCUGGAAGACAACUUGCCCAAGAAACUCGUCGAUCUUGGCGUCCAGGCAGAGACUUUGCUGACUAUAAUCGAUGAGAAAGAUGACGACCCCUUUGUCAAUUUGGAACUUCUCGUGGAAGCAAGGACGGAAUCUGGUGAAGAUAUCAAACCAAUCACUCUUGCUAGAGAGAUUGAUAUCCCCAAGAGACCGAAACAAAAGCCGCCUCAUGAUGAAUCCACCGUCAACGGUACAAGCACGAACGGAGUUACUGGGAAGAGAAAGCGUGAUGCAGAAGAUAUUGCCAUUACCGGCGAACCCGACGCAAAACGUGUCGCGGCUACUAACGGCACCGACAACGAGCCUAUUGUGCUUGAUGAUCCUGACACUGGUGCGAUUUUGAUUGACGACGAUUAGACGAUUCCCUCACACGACUAUUCACGACCGAGGUUUUAAGCCAUUUUUCCCUUCACACUUGUAUAAAAGAUUUCUUCUGCUCAUUUCCAUUGCUUUGAUCAUUUAUGGAGUUUUGGUUGUAUGAUUCGAUAUACGCGCAUGAGAGGAAGGGAUGGUCAUGGCGCGAGGUUUAUUGGAUGGGAAGGCGAUUUGAUGGUGGGUAGAUGACAGUCUUAGAUUCUGCUGGUUAUUCUCGCAAUCAGAAUUGCUCCGACAAGGGUCAGAUGGCUUUGGAUAGAACGUCAAAUAUAGUUUGUAAAAAGAUGCUCCAUCACUGCAAUAUGAUUUGAUCGUUUUCUCACACCGCACUCAAUCCGCCAUCCAGGUUCAGGACGCAAUUGUUAGCGUACCCAUUUGUGGAGAGGAAGACAGCUGCAUCGGCUACUUCCCGUGGAUCCCCGAAUCUGUUCAGGGGAAUCUGUGCUCGUAGUUCGUUGACUU